CCCGGGGAAAUUUAAUCGGUUGCACCAAUAGGUUAGUGUUUUGUAACAUGUUUUUGAAGGGUGAGUAGUAAUAUGCGCAAAACAUCAUCAUUUAAACCAGGUGAAACAAACCUGUCUUGAGGGGAUUCUACUCAUAAUUCUAGGAUUAUGCUAUUACCGUUACUUCUUCGUGGGUGCACUGCAAAGCACUAUGUACAGCAAGCACAUUCUAGCACUCGGUUAUAUGUUAAUUUCUGCAACAUCAGAGGACUAGCCACAUCCAGAGUCCAGCUCUUCCUCAGGAGAACCCCACCACGAUUCCUCAACCAGUCACGAGGAGCUAAAACAAACAAGAGGAAACGUCAGAGCCAGGAAGAUACCUGGAAAGAAAGGAACAAGACCAUCCUGACAUACAUUGCGGCCGCCGGAGUGGGAAUGAUUGGCAUGUCAUAUGCUUCUGUUCCUCUCUACAGGCUAUACUGUCAGGCAACAGGACUGGGAGGCACAGCAGUAGCUGGACAUGACACAGACCAAGUGGAGACUAUGAAGCCAAUUAGGGAGCGUGUUAUUAAAGUGACCUUUAAUGCAGACACACAUGCCAGCAUGCAAUGGAACUUCCGUCCACAGCAAUCAGAGAUUUACGUUGUACCAGGGGAAACUGCGCUGGCUUUUUAUAGGGCUAAGAAUCCCACAAGCAAACCGGUGAUCGGCAUUUCAACCUACAAUGUUGUACCUUUUGAUGCUGGACAAUAUUUUAAUAAGAUACAGUGUUUCUGUUUCGAGGAACAGAGGUUAAACCCACAUGAGGAGGUAGACAUGCCUGUAUUCUUCUACAUUGAUCCAGAGUUUGAUGAAGACCCCAGGAUGGCACGAGUAGACAAUAUUAUACUCUCAUACACCUUUUUUGAAGCCAAGGAAGGACAGCGGAUACCGAUCCCUGGUUAUAGCUAAUUAUGCAUUAUUCAGAGACUUUAAAAUCAGAAUUAUCUUCUGGAGAUUGCUUUCUGUAAUUAUUUUGAGAAUGAUUACUACAUGGGAUAAUGUCUGAUGUCUGAAUCAAAUGGUUACAUACAAAUUUUAAGAGUCAUCAAAGCUGAUCAUUUGUCUGUGAAUGUUUAUGGUUAAGACAAUAAAAUUUUAGCUCUUAUUUUUGCACAAGCUAUAACCUGUUGAUAUCAAAUCACUGAACUUGUUAUGCAACAUUUGUGCAUGCGUGUCAUUAUAGUCUUUAGGACGCUAGAGGGCAGCAUUUGUGCACGUUUAUUUUAUUUUGUGCACAUGAUUAAAAAAAUUUGCAUUGGAGUGAAAACAAUGACUUGUGCCGCUUUUUGGGGGCAUGUUGGAAUAAUUAAUAUUACAGGGUAUUGUAUUGUGGCAACUUAAGAAAAUUAGUCUGUGCUAGAUUUUUGGAUAUCAUACAGCUGUAACAGAUACAUGUUAUAAUGUAUA